CGAUCCAGCGCCUCGUGAGUUGUCCGUGCGGGGAAGCGGCGCCCUUUUGGACAAGCGACCUGCGCAAGCCGCCUCUCUCCAAUCUCUCUCUGCACCCCUCCUCUCCGCCAACGCGCGACCCUCCGAACGAUGUCCAGGCCCGAGGACAAGCCCGCGUCACGACCGAACAAACUGCGCCGACCCCACUCGCCAGGCGCCCCCGACCCCGAGGACGGUGAUCGCGCGGACUCAGAAACGCGGCAGCCUCCACCCAAGCGGGCACGCAAGGCUAUCAACUGCGAGCCAUGCAGGAACAGCAAACUUAAGUGCGAUAGGAAUCGCCCGUGCUCGUCCUGCGUGUUGAGAGGUACGACAGCUUCAUGUUACCAAGGGCAGGACAACGGACCGGCCAGUCAAGAUGAAACGAGCGUCACGCCUGAGAAGCACGUACUGCUCUUACCGCGAACCAGACGGAUGGUGUUAAAUACGAAGGCCUCUAUACGAUGUCCUCAGGUUGUCUGGGGCAGACCUAUUCAGCGCGCUCGAGGGCUGCACGAGGCACCAGUUGAACACAGACACCGCAGGUGUAUUGCCUAGGCAAGGAUGUAUUCGACGUGCCGUCAUUGCCGGAAUUGCCCUCGAUCAAUUCCUCGGACAACGGCUUUCAGACGACGAUCGUGGAGGCAUCGCCGACGGGCGUCACGCUCGGGGUAGUUCGACUGCCCCAUUUGCACGAAAUGGGUGCUUG